AUGAACCACGAUCCACCAUGUGAGCUCGUCCCCUAUCCUCCGUCUGCAGCAUUUGCAUGUCUGGGAGGCGAGCUGAGCCGAGCCGACUGCAGGAUUGAGCCCUCGAUUCGCAUGCGGCGUGCCAUUCACGCCGGCGACACCCUCCUCGUCCAGCGUAUCCUCAAGUCCAACCCCUCCCUCCUGCACAAUCCUGACGCCUCCCUCAUCGGCCUCUCCAACUCGAACCUGCACCUCGCCGCGUCCCUCGGCCACAGGGAAAUCUGCGAGACGCUCCUCGACGCCGGCCACGAGGAUCCCUGUCCGGCCCUCAACGAGAACCACCAGACGGCGCUGAUGCUCGCCGCCGAAGCCGGCCAUUCCGACGUGGUCCACCUUCUGUGCGAGUACGACUGCGACGUCAUCCUCCGCCGCGACGUCCGCGGUCGGGACGCCAUCAUGGAGGCCAGCAAGGGCGGCCACGACACGAUACUCCAGCUGCUGCUCACCUUUGUCCCCGGCGGCGCCUACGACGCCGUCCAGAGGGCCGAUGCGGAUGGCAACACGGCCCUGCACUUUGCCAGCAGCAACGGAAACCUUCUCGGCCUUCGCACCCUCCUCGCCGCCGGUGCCGACGUGGAGAGACGCAACGUCUGGAACUGGACCCCUGCGGCGUACAGCGCCACCGUCCAGGCCGAGGUCUACCUCAAGGGCCUGGUGACUGAAGGGGUGGGAAGGCGGCAGCACACCAAGGACGUGGACCCGACCAAGAAAGGUGGUGCCGUUCGGAUGGUGCAGCAGGACAGCGACGGCGAUUGA